AUGUUUGGUGGCAGACUGAGCCUGCUGGAGGGCAGGAAGGCCCUGCAGGGGGAUCUGGACAGGCGGGAUCCACGGGCCGAGGCCACCUCUGCAGGCAGUGCAGAGAAAGGCCAUGAAGCUGCUGAAGGCCCUGGAGGGAAAGGCCUCUGCCUCUGGCUGGGACACAGCGAGGUGGUGAACUCCUUUGAAACUUGUCCUCAGUUCUUCUAUGCGGGGACCCCUCCAAGUGAUGUCCUGCAUCCAAAUAACCCAGCCUGGAUCUGUCAGCGCUUCAGGAACUCAUAUCGCUAUGCCACCCUGUACGACAGAGACAGGAGAAUUCCAGUGUACUCUGCUUACAAAUACAAGCCUGGAUCUGGAAAAAGACCGAAAGUUUCAUGGUUUGUUGAGCCCCAGCUCAUAGAUAACAAUGUAAAUCUUAAAGAGAUGGUAACUGACUCGGACCUCAUAAAGCAAAAGGCGUUCACCUUAGACCAAAUCAAAGAGAGCCAGGCUGUUCCUGCUGACUACAAAGAUCUGAACGGUUUGAACCAUGGCCAUUUGUGCCCCAGUGGCCAUCAGGAUGGUAUAGACAGCAAGACAGCUACCUUCACCCUCACCAACAUAGUGCCCCAGGGCAGCAGUCUCAAUGGUGGCCAGUGGAAGGUGUACGAGUCUACAACAAUGCCCAAAAUGAGCAAGAGCUGUACAACCACCUACGUGAUCACGGGUGCUGUGCCUGGGAACACGGACAUCAGCAAUGGGACUGUUAAUGUACCCAGCUACAUUUGGUCAGCUGCCUGCUGUGAGGUGAGCAAAAAGAAAAAGAAGGCUUGGGGAGCCAUCGCAGAGAAUCACAAGAACAAGGUGGAGGUCCUCAGCCUGGGGAAGCUGGAGAAGAGGUUGACUGAGCUCUACAGGGGAACGGUUACUCUCUUCAACAAUGCCUGUCCCCGGAAAUAAGCCUCACACCCUUAAUGGAAUUCGCUUGGUGGCUUUCCCACAUGUCAUAGAACCAUAGAAUCACAGAAUGGGUUAGUUUUGAUGGGACACUAAAGCCUUAAAAGUCAUCUCAUUCUGACCUGCUUGCCAUGGGCAGGGAAACCUUCCACUACACCAGGUUGUUCCAAGUCCUCCCCAGCCUGGCCUGGAAUGCUUCCAGGGAUGGGGCAGUCAAAACAGCUCUGGGUAACUUUUACUCAUACCACAGCUGGCUCACAGUAAUUUACUUCUUUAUAUUAUCGCAUCUACCCCUGCCCUCCAUCAGGGUGAAACCAUUCCCUCUUGUCCUGUCAUUCCAUACCCUUGUCCAAAGACCCUCUCCAAGCCUCUUAGAGAUCUAAACCAGAACAAUUCAAUGAUUCUGUGAUCCUGGGCCAGGCUUUGCUUUGCUUGCUUUUGAAACUGCACCUUGAGAGCAGCAGCUGUUGUAUCAGACAGGCAGGCUUUGGCAUCAGAUACACAGAAAGCUUUGAGCAGCUAGAGCUGAAUUCCUGUGAUGCACUCCUUGGACACCUUCCCUCUCUGCCCUGCUUCUGAAGCUUUUCUGCAGAUUGAUGGGAAACUGAUAUGGGCAAAUGAAUUCAAUGGUUGUCAAAGAUCAAUGUGUGCCACACCAUGGAGUUUGCAAGAGCUUACA